AUGUAGGAAGAAACCUUUUAAUUAUAAAAAUAACAGGUGAUAGAAUAUACCCAAAGAAAAUUUAUUAAACCUCUUUAACGAAAAUGUCAAUCCAAAACCUAAAACUCUGACGAUCUUUACUUAAGUUUGGAAACCUGCCUUGACUCGGAAGUCAUCUCAAACUUCGGUAAAAGAGGAACUAAUUUUUCUAUAGAAGAAGAAUAUAAUCCACAAUCUCUUCAAAACCCUUUAGCUAAUGAAUUACCUAAUUUUGCUAGAGUCCAAAUUCAUUUGAACCAUACUAUCUAAUAAUAACCUGAAAUCACCUACAUUCAAACUGAUAUAUACUUAAAUGACCACUAAAACGAAAAGGAUUCUGAGCAAAAAUAAUGGAAUAUUGAGCAUAAUUGUAAUGAACCUAUAGAAGAACCUAAUGGAGUUGAUUAUAAGUUGAUAUAAGUGGAUGAUAUCAAUUACUUAUAAACAUUUCAAAGUAAUAUUAUAGAAAAUCAAAAAAAGGCAUCAAGGGAUAAAAAACUGAUACCAAAAGCACUCCAUCAAGACCUCACCAAAGGAAUUCAUAAAAUUUUAAUUAAAAAAUGA